UCCUCCCAGAUCUCAACAACAAGAGUACGCAUGUUGGCUAUUGCAGCACUGUUUUGAGGAUUUAUGAAAAAAACAGACUUAUUAGUAUGUUGUUCUUGUUUCGUAACAACAUUAGAACCAUAGGUCGACAUAUAUGUGUGUAACCUGGGGUGCUUUCAAUUUUGUUCUCUCUCUCUCUCUCUCUCUCUCUAACCAUAGGUCGACAUAUAUGUCUGUAACCUGGGGUGCUUUCAAUUUUGUUCUCUCUCUCUCUCUCUCUCUCUCUCUCUCUACAUGUUCGUAUCCUUAGUACUUAUGAUUUAAUAAUUACCUAUUGCUAUAUUGUGUCACAUUGUUCGAUCACUAUUCUCCUAAAAUUAAAGGCCAGAUACAAUCUCAUCAACAUAUUGUUUCUAUGGUUUAAUGUCUGAUGCCAUCUUGUUGGUUUACUUGACCAUCUAAUUCUUCUCUUGGAGGGAGGAGUUUGACUGAGGAGAGAGACAGAGAACAGAGCAGAAUUCUUGGAAAAUUUGAAAAUUUUUUUAAGUGAACUUGGAGACACUUUUGUCUACAAGACUACACUUCACUUUUGCGGCAUCUUGGAGAUUUGAGAAACCUAAAAUAUGGGCAAUCACUUCACUCCAUCCUCAUUAAAACUGGGUUGGAUCGAGAUGUUUUUAUACAGAACAAUAUCCUCAGAUUUAUUGCUAUUUGUGACGAUUUGAUGAAUGCCCGUCUUGUGUUUGAUGAGAUGCCAGACCCAAAUUUGGUCUCUUGGACAAGCAUGAUCUCGUCUUAUGUACAACAUGGUUUUAACGACCUUGGUUUGCAGCUCUUUUGUUGUAUGUUUCAUUCGGGAUUGCGACCAAACGAGUUUGGGUUGUCGGUGGCACUCAAGGCAUGCAGCAUUACAGGUGGAGCCCUUGUUGAUGCCUACUCAAAAUUAGGAGCCUUAAAUGAUGCCUCUAUAAAGUGUUUUGCAGUCUUGAAGAGAAGGAUAAUGUGGUCUGGAGGUACUCUACUAUCUGGUUUCCAUCAGUUUGGCGAUGCCAAACAAGGGCUGACCUUGUAUCUUGAAUAUUUAUCUAAAGGUCAUGAACUAGAUCCAUUUACCUUCGCAAGUGCAUUUAAUUUGUGUUCAAAUUUAGAUUCUGUAGGAGUUGGUUCGCAGAUACAUUGCAGUUUCAUUAAGAGUGGUUUCUUGCUGGAUUCUUUUGUUGGGAAUGCUGGAAUGACUUCUGAUGCUUAUAAAGCUUUGGUUGAGGUUAGAGUUUAAUUCCGAGGAUAGAAAAGCUCUGAAAUUGUUCUAUGAAGGCAUGGAUCCCAUCUUUUAUUAAUACUUAUGCUGGGAAGAGACCAUAUGGUAGCUUCUACUUCUAUUAUCUAGUUCCUGGCCGGCCAAUCCACUGCAAUUACUACAAAAGAUGCUUCUUCAUUGAAGACCAAUACUCAGUUCCAAUCCAGUGGACUAUUUACUCUCUACCCUUGUGAUGCACCCAUCAAGAACCACACUUUGGUAACUAUGUAUCCUUCUUCAUGGCAGCCAUUCCAGCCAUUCCAGUCAUGGACUAUCAUUAGCUGAAACCAUAAUAGUAGUAAUUAUUUAUUUCAUCAUCAUUGGGAGGUGGGUUGUUGUUGAGUAGUCUUUUGGUUAUUGGAUGUUAGUGUCUCUAUUUAUCAUGAAUUUCUAUUUUGAUUGUGAUACAUUUGACAUGCAGUUGAAACAUUUGUGUUUUGCCUAUUGUUGGCAAAAUACUAGCUUAAUCUAAUGCUAUUUAUUUUUAGCAGAUAUUUGCAUAAUUGCAUAUGAUAGCUUUCUUGUUUGGUAUAUGUACUCUACCAUCUGUCCUUAGUAUGGGUUACAUUGAAUUAGUUAGCAUUAGUCCUAGAAUUGUCCUAGAGGUGUCUUUGGCUCAACAUCUUGGACUCAACAUCAACAUUGUCACUAUCAUUCUCAUUGGUUGGAUCUGCUAUGGAUGUAUAUUUCUAUUCAUUGCCUUCUCUUAUGUUGUUGUUGUUGUUGUUGUGUGUGUGUGUGUGUGUGUGUGUGUGAGAGAGAGAGAGAGAGAGAGAGAGAGAGAGAGAGAGAGAGAAUUCAUUAUUUUUUGUGGGAUGUCUCUUCUAUAUAUCAUCAUUCAAGGUGAAUUCCCAACUUCAUCCAUGCAUAUUUCAUUUUUUGAUUCUAUAUAAAAGUUUUUGAUUGAUACAACUUUCUUAGUCUAUGUGUUUCUUUGGUAUAGGUUAACUGGAGCUGGCACUUUAAGUACAUGAGCGUUAUAAGGUAACUGGAGCUGGCAUUUUAAUUACAUGAGCAGAUCAACAGGCUGAUACCAAUACAUUGAUGUAAAACCUUGUGUUGAAUAGCAUCUCUAGUUUCAAAUUUUUUGAUAGAUUGAGUCAUACUAGGGUUGAAUGAGAAUCAUUCAACUUUUAUUGAAAGCUGUGAAGAGCAUUAAACACCCUGUGUGAGUGACCCCAAAGAGAUAAGAAGAAUCGAAAUCACCACACGUUUAUUGAAGCGAAGGUCCCUUCACAUUAUGAUGUAGCUGAAUAUUCAAUACUUUCAUGUUAUCCUUUGUAGUGUGGUUAUCAUUUUAACAAUUCAAUACAAAUAGCAAGGAACGUGAAAAAAAAUAAU